CCACGGGGCACAGCCCACGCGUUUGCUGUUUGUGUUACGUUUGCACGGAAGUGGCAGCUUAAUAGUAGCUCACGCUGUUCCACUGUCCUGUGAGGAACACAAGGCCUAGAACAUUUGCACGACUGGCGGACAGCAACCUUACGCGUCUUCAAGUUGGUGCAGUUGCAGAAUAUCCAGAAAUACCGUCUCCACAUUGAAAGACCACAACUCGGAAAUUGAGAAAUGAGGACGGCGAUGCUGGUGUGGGCAGCGUGGCUGGGUGCGGCGGCGGUGGGGGCGGAGGAGGCGUGCGGCGGCCUCUUCAACAGCUCCGCGCGCGGGGUCAUCCACACGCCCAACUUCCCGCGCCCCUUCCCCGUGCCGAUCCGCUGCCGCUGGAUCAUCCUCACAAACUCGCCUUCGCCCAGCAUUGUCGUCUAUCUCACUCAGGUGUACGUGACGUCGGGGCUGAGUGUGACGGAAUACAGCUACUACGAGAGCGAGUCGUACAACUACGGGCGCAAAGUGGUACACCGCGUCACGGACCAAAACGUGACGGAGACGAAGUGGCUGUGGUCCGGCUACCCCGCGCUCAUCAUCGACUUCCAGCUGGACGCACUCGAAGGCCACCACCUGCGCGUGCUCGACACGCUGCUCGACGUCUACGGUUUCAACAUUACGUUCGAGGUCGGAGCACCCGUCCACGCGCACACCUGCAACGCGCUCGAGUGCUCCUUCAACGGUGACUGCGUCGCAGCAGCAGACUUCUCGUAA